AUACGAAGCCGUUCAACAAGGGAUUGGAAAUACAAGUGCCCCCGGAACUGUUUUUCCUUCUUCCGGCGAUGCAAGUCAAUAUCAAGAGCUCAAUCUGUUAGCACAAGGCAGCCCACUAGAGGGAUUGGGUCCAACGUACGAGCCUSUUCGAGCAAAAUCCAAAGACUUGGAAUCUGUGGCUCAACAUGAGCAGCAUCCGUACGAAUCCCUUGACCUUAAAAACAAAAGCUCUGCUUAUCAGUCACUGCAAACUAUCAAUAUAUAGUGUGCAAUGUUUGMCUAUUGCACCUAUAUUUCCCGUUAAGAGUGUUUAGCACCCAUUUGCUAAAGUUUAUUUUAGUAUAUCCAAUCAUGUAAUAAGGAAAGGUUAACCUGUUUCAAUUUGCUGUAGCAUUGGGGUUUUUCUUUCUUUCCCAAUAAAAAGAAUCUCCAUUAACGCCUCCUUCGAUGACAGAAAAAAAAAAAAAAAGUUUUAACUAGCUAAAUUAGGUUAUUUUAGAUGAAUGAAUGAUAAUGUAGGUACUAGGCACGCUUGUAGGCACAUUGCUGCAAAAAGGGGGGAAAGGUUUCAGGCAGGUUGAAGAAAUGUCCAAGACAACUGUUACGCGUUUAUAUCAAGUAUUUUUAUCUUACGAUAAAAGUMUGAAAACAAACAUGUUAYAUCCCGAUGGAGUACAAAAGAAAACAAAUGUAGAGCAUAUAAUUAAGUAAAAAAAGUAACGAGGAU